AUCAAACAGUCCAAUUGAUUAAAUAAUCAUGCCUGCUCCUAUCUAUCUCGGUGUCAUUGGCGUCGGUGGCGUUGGAAACUCCUUCCUCAGCCAGCUCUCCCGCCUGCCCAAUGCCCCCCAACUGAUCCUCCUGGCCCGGUCCACCCAAACCCUCCUCUCCCCGACCCCCUCCUACACUCCCGCUAUCCCCGCGGCAGACUGGAAGACCGCCUCCGCGACGCCGCAGCUCACCAAGUCCGGCGCGCUCACGCCCGAAGAGAUCGCAGCAUACCUGUCCUCCGCACCUGGCCGCUCCAUCCUGGUCGACAACACGAGCGACCCUGCGCUGGCGUCAUCGUACCCGACCUUCCUUCGCAAGGGGAUCUCCAUCGUGACGCCUAACAAGAAGGGAUUCUCGUCCGACUUGGCGCUGUGGAAGGAAAUCUUUGCGGCAGCGGCGGAGGGUAAGGCGCUGGUGUACCACGAGAGCACGGUGGGAGCAGGGCUACCUGUGAUCUCGACGCUGCGGGAUCUGGUGGCCACGGGCGACGAGGUGACCCGGAUCGAGGGCGUGUUCUCGGGGACGCUGUCGUUCCUGUUCAACACGUUUGCGCCGGUCGGCUCGUCCUCGUCCGCUAAGUGGAGCGAGGUUGUCGCCCAGGCCAAGGAGCUGGGCUACACCGAGCCCGAUCCGCGCGACGACCUGAACGGCAUGGACGUCGCCCGCAAGCUGACCAUCCUGGCCCGCAUCGCCGGCCUCGACGUCCAGAGCCCCGACGCCUUCCCCAUCGAGUCGCUCAUCCCCGACGAGCUGGCCGGCGUCCCCUCCACUGCGGACGGUAUCGCCGAGUUCAUGAAGCGCCUGCCUGAGUUCGAUGGCCAGAUGACCGCUAUCAAGGAGGGUGCCGAGAAGGAGGGCAAGGUCGUGCGUUACGUCGGUAGUAUCGAUGUCGCUAAGAAGGAGGUCCGUGUUGGCCUGCAGAAGUUCGAUAAGGAUAGCGCCAUCGCCGGUCUGAAGGGCAGCGAUAACAUCAUUAGCUUCUACACUAAGCGCUAUGGCAGCAACCCCCUGAUUGUGCAGGGUGCUGGUGCCGGUGGUGAUGUCACGGCUAUGGGUGUCUCGGCUGAUUUGAUCAAGGUGAUCCAGCGGCUGCAGUAGAUGACAGGUGUAGAUAAAAGUUGAAC